UUUACAAUCUGACGGAGUAUGGCGGCAGGAACAGAGGUAUUCUGAACACACUUUUGGUUCAAUAACAGUGACUUUGAAGAUUUUCAGUAUCUCCGUUUGUUAAAAAUUUGUAAUAACAAGACAAAGAAGAAGGUUUCCUUUGGGAAUACGAUGUACAAAAUGAAACUUUUCAUUGUUUGCGAAUUGUAACGUCAGCAGUCUGGAUCUCGUGUACUGCAGUUGUAGUGGUUUUCUGAAAGAACGCCGGUCAUCCAACUUUGGAUCCGUACCAGCUCACCAAAAGUCAUAGGAAUUACCUGUUGGAAGUGAAAGAAUCAAUUAUUAAGCUCCAGUAUGUCCAAAGACGGAAUAUUCUAUAAACCUGGCGACAAAAUCUUCGCUAAAAUGAAGGGCUAUCCUCAUUGGCCUGCAAGGAUUGAUGAGCUUCCAGACGGUGCUGUAAAGCCACCCAAAGGCAAAUACCCGAUCUUUUUCUAUGGCACACAUGAAACAGCUUUCCUGGGUCCGAAAGAUGUUUAUCAGUAUGAGAAAUGGAAAGAUAAGUAUGGUAAGCCCAACAAACGGGCUGGAUUCAAUGAAGGACUGUGGGAGAUUGAACAUACACCAAACAUCAAAUUCAGAGGCAGGACUGACAAUGCUGAAAGUGAUGCGCCAGCUACAGAAGAAAUGGCAGAAGAGGAAGAAGGAGAGAAGCAGGGCGAGGAGGCAGAAGAGCCAGAGGAAGAACCCAAAUCUAAAAAGGGAAGCAAGUCUCAACAACAGAAGCGAAAACGAGCCAGCAGCAUUGGUUCUAAGCCAGCUGCUAAACGACCUCGAAAGAACUCUAAAACUCCUUCCAAGGCAGAUGAGGGUAGUGGAAAUGAUGCUGAGGAAGAUUUUGAUGAGGGCACUCCACCACCUAGUGAUAAUUCUGAAGAUGAGGACUUUGAUGUGGAAGAUGAACCAGCACAGAAGGGGAAAAAGAAGAUGACAGGCCGAGGUCGAGGGAAGUCUAAGAAAAAGACUGGUUCAGAUAGUGAGGAGGAAGAGGAAAACAGUGAUGAAGAAGAAGAUGGAAAAAGUAAAAGGUCACGACAGAAAAUGACUUUUAAGCGCACCCCUAAGAAACCUGCAUUGGAAUCCAAAAAAGAUCGUAAAUCAGGUGGAGGGAAAAAAGGAAAGUCUGCUUCUGAUGUCUCUGAUAAUAGCCUAAGUUCACUCAGUGAAGACAGUUGGAUCUGUUACAGUGACGAAUCUGACAAAGAAAGCAGCUGGAAGAAAAAGGAUGAGGAAAGGAAGAAAGAAAAUGAACGAAAACUUAAAGAAGAAGAAGAAAGGCGACAACGUGAAGAGCUUGAACGGGUAGAAAAAGCCAGAGAAGAACUCAGGAGAGAGCGAGAAGAAAAGGCAGAAGGCACUGGUGAUGAAACAGAGGUAGACAAGUCUCAUGACAGUGGCAAGCGAGAGCGCAAAAAGAAAAAAUUUGAUGACUUUGUGAGAAAAAAACAAAACACUGGUGAUCUCAUAAUUUUCGUACAGGAUGUGGAGAAAGUUAAGAAGAAACGAAGAGAGAAUGCAGAUAAAAUAAAAGAUAAAGCACGGAGGAAAAGCGACAGAGACGACAAGGAGAAGAAGAAUAAAGAUAGAAGAAGUGGUAUAACAUCAGAAAAACCUGCCAAAAAUGAACAAGAUGAUGGAAGAACUGUUGAAAAAGAAGAAAGAAAAAAUCUAGAUGAAGGCAAGGUCAAAUCUGGAAAGCGAAAAAUUCUUUCAAGCGAUGAGGAAAAUGUGGAUGAUGAAAAACAAACAAAUGCAGAAAAAGAGAGGACAGAGUCAUUCAGCGAGAAAGCAGAAACUAAGGAAGAAGAGUGGAAUGAUAAGGAAGAGCCGUCAACAGAGACUUACAAGGGUGAUGGUGUCAGCGAGAAAGGUGAUAACAAACAGGAGAGGAUUUUUAAUGUGCAGAAACUGGACGAUCCUGAAGCAGGCAAGCUGAAGACGGAAGCAGCAUCACCCAAAAUGAAGAAUGACACAGUGCCACUCAAAGCCAAAACUGACCCAGUAGGGUCAAGAGAAGGUGAAUCCAAAUCUGGUGGAGAAAGCAAGCCCAGGACAGAAGACAAUGAGGAAAGUACUUCAUCACAAGCACAAAAUGAUAGGAGCAAGGACAGGAAAAAGGACAAAGAAGAAGAGAAAAAAAAACGAGAAGAGAGAGAAAAGAAAAUACAAGAGAAGGAAGCAGAAAAGGAGAGAAAGAAAAAAGAAAAGUUUGAGCAAAAGAAGAAAGAAAAGAUUCACUUCAUUCAGACAGAAAGCAAGCUGGUUCAAAUGGACGAAGAAAUCAAAAAUUCUCUUCAGGUGGCAAAUAUGGAUGUGGAUAAAUGCAUUGCUGUUCUUGAGGACCUGGAGGCUCUGCCAGUAAAUCAUAUCAUGUUGCGCAAAAACCCGGAUAUCAUGAAAACUAUAAAACAUUGUCGCAAAUUCAAAAACAGUGAAAGAAUCAAGGCUAAAGCAGAGGUUAUUUACAACAAAUUUAAAACUCUCUUCCUGAAUGGUGACCGAGAAACUGCAAAGGUUAUUCAGAAAAUUGAGCAGAAGAAAAAAGAGAAGGACAAAGGCAAGAAGGAAAACAAAGAGAAUGUGAUUGAGUCAAGGGUUGAUGUUGAAAUGAUUCAAGAUACCAGGGAUAAAGAUACCACUGAAGUCUCGCCUGCUAUCACAGACAGUAGCACCCCCACCCCGAAUGUGUCUUCCAACAUCACCAGCACCAACAUGGCUUCGCCAAGUGCACCUGCAGCUGCUGAUGCUUGUUCUGUGCUGUUGGCAACUGUUCCUUCUGAAUAUAAUGGUGCAAAUGUGUCACCUCUGGCAGAUCUUAACAAUGAAGUGCUAACUCCCUCGGGGGACAGCCUGUCAGCAUUUCAGUCACCACUUCCAGUGUCUCAAAAUACAGAGGGUGCAGACUCAGGGGCUGCUGUGGCAGCAGAGCAGGCAAACAGGGUGCAGUCUGCAGGCAGUUCCGACUGGCUUCCUCAAUCAAAAACUGGAGUGUCCCCAACUCUAGCCCACCCACAGAGCAUCAAAAGUGCUGGUGGGGAUUCCAGUACACCUGGUGUUUCACCUGAAAUGCUGCAAAAUUCUGCUACCUCCAUCCUUGGUGUGGCUUCAGAUUUCCAGAGAAACUUGACAAGAGAAACUGCUUCAGCUUCAGGAAUUCCUUUUUCAUCACCAAACAGUACAUCUCCAUGGGGCAGUGGUGGGUCUGCCCUCAAGCCCACAAGCUUAGACACCAGCAGCAUACGUGAGCGCUUCUCUCACCAGCAUCCCCUCAGCUUGCCUAUGCCUCCAAUUGUGGACAUGGGGGAUGACACUAUGGAUUCAGCAGCCUCUAAUCAGGAGUACUCCAGCCCCACUCGCAGCACUCACGAGAACAGUGUGCAUGUGCCAGACACUUCUGGUUCUUUUGUGUUGGAAGACACUCAACUGAGUCAUCGUGGCCAAGAGAUCUAUCGACCAGGAACUUUGCCUGGUGAUUCUGUUUCCUUGUUACAGACAAAAAACAUAAACUCUAGUGUCUUUGGUUCUUCUGGUUCUCGUAAUGGGGAUUUUGUGGCAGGGCCUGCAUCCAGCACAUUCAUAGGCAGCGCAAUGGCAGAAGAUAUUAGUGUGCUUUUGGGUAACAGUAAUCCUGUGGCACCGAGCAAACCAAGGUCAUCCGAUUCAAGGUUUGCAUCAGCCCUCCAUGAUGAGCUUGAUGAAGAAGAAGAAAUACAGGACUCGGGGAAAGUGGUCAGCAAUAAAGCAUUAUUCCAAAAUGAAUUCUUUGUCCAGAACCGACCAGCCUUAGACGUCAGAAUCAAGGAGCUAAUUGAGAAGGAUGAGAAGUCUGACAAGGAGGAGGAGGUGGUUUCCAUGAAGAACCCUGAACCCACUCAUGACAGCAGUGAGGAGGACCCUGUAAUGGAUGAUGAUGAGCUGCACAGUUUACUUGGGGUUUGAACCACACAUACAGGUUGUUGCUGAAGUGGAGAUGCAUAAACUUGAAUAGACCAUUAAGCUGCUGAAGCUCUCUUUUUUUCCUGGAGGAGGCUUUUCACUAACAUGUACAAAAACUAUUGACUGUGACUGUGCUGAACGUGAAAGAGGAAUAUGAAAGUGCCUGUAAAUACAAGUUGCAUACAGCAAGCAGUGAAUGCUGAAACUCACCAGUUGGUGUUGAAUUGCUUGUGAUCAGCCCCUUGUAUUCACUUAAAACCGUGCAAGAAAGAACUGUAAGGCAGUGUGUAAGACGCAUGAUCUGAAAGGGAAAGCUUGUUUCAAGAAAUAACCACUGUUCCUAGCAGUUGUAUACAUAAUUUUAUUGGAAGGCAAACUUUUGCACCUGUCUGGCUUAAACACUUUUCAUUAUUUCAGUUCUUUGUGCCAAGUGCUGGCUGGGAUAUAUAGAAGGUGCUGCAGUUUAUUCUAAAGACUGUUGUCAUGCAAUAUUGCUUGAUUUAAGUACACUCAGUUUAGAGUGACAGUUGCAGCACGGCGCCAAAACCAGAAUUGUUUUCUUGUCCACAUAAGAUGGUUGAAUGGCUGGAUCGAUAAAUUGAUGGUCCAGUUUGUGAUAAUUUGGUGUGUUUUAUUCAAAUCCAUAAACAAUUCAGACAGGAUGGUAUAAAUUCCAAAAUAAUAAUGCCCAGAAUAAUCUACAAAUCUUCAGCAUUAUGUAUUCAAAAGUUAUUGCAUGAUGCAGAAAUGUAGGCAUAAGAAAAAAAUAAGGAAGAUGUUGCAGCUGUCCAAGACCAAUAGAAGGCAUAUACACCCAAAGUGACUUUAUAACUUCUAGAUUUUCCUUUUUGAAGUUACUGUUGGAUUCAAAUCUUGUUAUGCAAGCAUCCAGGAAACUUUCAUAGUAGCAACAAUCAGUGUGGGCAAAAGAGUAGUUUGAUACAGUGUGCUAAAAUUCAAUGAAAUAUAUAAUGGCCAGAAAAUAGGAAUGCAGUCAUCCUUGAUGGCUUGUAAGUUUGCAAGCAAGAUGCUAGAAUUUCCUUUAUAUUGUUGUUGUUGUUGGGCUUCUGUGUUUAUAGAAUAAGCUUGUGGAGUAAUACAGAAUACUGUAUUUUUGAGUUAGAGAAGCAAAAAUGGUAACCAGAUGUUUGAUUAUUCACCUGUCUUCACCACUAUGAAUUGUCACACAGAAAGAGUAAAAGUAAUAAAAUUUACAAUGACAGUUCCUUGAUA